UGUCAGGAUUUACAGUAGCUCUUUGUACCAGCAAAUGCCACAAAACCCAGUCCGCCUGUUUAUUUCCCCUAAUUUGCCUUACGUAAAUGGACUUAUCCAUCUCAGUGUACCUUUCCCUCUCACAGGUGUGCCAGGUAGCUGAGUCAUUGUAUUAUAUGACGCAUUUUUAAACACUCUCUCUACGAAGCUAACGCACAAGUUUUUUUCCCAGUGCCGCCAAGAGAUAAAGGUGAAGAUGAAUGGGAGCCCGACCCAAACAGAUGCUCUGGCCUGGUUUCAGAAGAGCCAACUGGAGGCAGUUAUUCGGAAUGGGGUUGUUCCAGAGUGGUUUCAUGGCAUUAUUUCCAGGAAAGCUUCAGAGGAACUGUUAAUGUGUAAACCACCUGGAUACUUCCUCAUUCGAGUCAGCGAAAGCCGCAUUGGUUACACACUUUCUUAUCGAGCUGAAGACCGCUGCAGACAUUAUAUGAUCGAUGCUACGAAAGAUGGAUAUAUCAUCCUGGGAGAUGAUAGACACCACCGCCUUCUUGAGGAUUUGGUGGAUUUUCAUCGUAUGUUUCCAAUUACACCAUUUAAUGACUUAUUAACUAUGCCGUGUGGGCAGAUCUCAAACGUAAAGACAGAUUAUCAAGAAUUACUAUUUCCACAAAGACAUGAAAAAAUGAGCACCCCAGCUCCAGUGGAAGAGGAAGAAGAUAUACCUCCUGUGCUUCCUUACAGACCGGAUAACCUGAUGGACUCUGAGGCUCCACCUUCUAAUGUCCAACCAUCAAGACUAUAUCCAUCUUUGGACAUGAUACACAAUACAUUGCCACAUGCUGACUUGGCACCGACUGUUUCUUCACCCAAACUCUCUCAGCCUCCUGAACUACCAUCGAGAAAUGUGAACCCUGUGACGUCCAGUAAGAUCCAAUCUUGCAUUCGAACCAAGUGUGGACUUCCCAGUCUCCCCAAAGACCACCGAGACCCCAUUGACUCACUGACAUCUGUUGUUACUAACCUAAAGAAAUUUAAGAAGAAACUCCACAAGAAGGACAGCUCAUCUGAACAGGCUGUCUAUGAGGAAAUCCAAGUGAAUGCUGAAGUCAAAGCAGAACCUAAUUCAUACCAUGAGAUUGGACAUCGUACUGUCCAAGCUGAGCAUUUAAACUAUAGCUGUAUUGCUGUAGGAACUGCUCUGCCUCAGGAGUACCAACCCCCUCCGCCCUUUGCCCCAGGGUACAAAUAAACUGUCUAUUAACAUAAUAUUUUUAAUCAUUUGUAUAUGCAAAAUUCACAUUUGUGAUUUGUUAACAAUGUUAUAAAUGUAUUCUUGGAGCACUGAC